AAAUAAAACGGCAAGAUGCGCGCCUAUUUAACUACACAAGUACGGAAUAGUAAAUUGGGUCACAUUAUAUAUCCACGACAUUUUACUGUUUUCAUUUAUUCUCCCAAAAAUAUAAUGGACCAUUUCCUGCAAAAAAAUUAAAUUCCUCAAAAAAUAAAAUCAAACAACAAUAAAUUCUUCCUGGCUUUUUCUCUUCCUCCUUUUUACUGUCACUCUUUCUCAGUCUUCCAUUUUCAGCCACUUUCUCUCUCCUCUUCACUUUUAUAAAUUUAUUUAUUUUCGCUGCCAUUUUUAGGUGGCAAAGCUUUUUCAUGGUUGAAUCCUUGAAAUGUGACAAAUUCUUCCAAAUCCUACCAUCAAUUUCAUCGAAGAAGACGAAGACGAAGUUGCAGAGGAAAUUAGGGUUUGCAAUUGAAGAAAUUGAGCGAUAUAAUGCCUUUAAAUAGGCAUCAAAUUAGGAAUGAGUAUAGUUUAGCGGAUCCAGAGUUGUAUAAAGUUGCUGAUAAAGAUGAUUCUGAAGCUCUGCUUGAAGGUGUUGCCAUGGCUGGUCUUGUUGGUGUUCUUCGCCAGCUCGGUGACUUAGCUGAGUUUGCUGCUGAAAUAUUCCAUGACUUGCAUGAAGAAGUUAUGGCUACCUCUGCUAGAGGUCAUGGUCUGAUAGUUCGUGUCCAGCAACUGGAAGCUGAAUUUCCUUCAAUUGAAAGGACACUCCUCUCCCAAACUAGCCAUACAGCGUUUCUCUACAACACAGGCGUUGACUGGCAUCCUAAUCUCCGUAUGGAUCAGAGUGUGGUUACUCGAGAAGACUUACCUCGAUUUGUUAUGGAUUCUUACGAGGAGUGUAGGGGUCCUCCUCGUCUCUUCCUUCUUGACAAGUUUGAUGUUGCGGGUGCCGGUGCGUGUUUGAAGCGCUUCACUGACCCAUCAUUCUUUAAGAUGGAAUCAGCAUCUUUGACUGGUAGAAAAUUAGGACAGAGGGAUAAGAAAACUCGAAGAGUAAAGAAGAGAGGACCGCGAUGGAGAAACGGAGAUACUCCAGAAUCCUAUCCGUCAUCACAUGCCAAACUGCAUCAGCUGUUUCUGGAAGAGCGUAUUGAGAGUGGUAUUAAUGAUCCAGCGCGUCGUGUAAAAUUGAAGAAGAGGCAGUUUACUGGAUCUCUUUUCGAGCAGGAUAAUGUGAAAAGUUACAUGGAAAAGUUUUUGGAUACUAGUCCACAGGAGCAAAAAAUUCUUCAUGAAAUAUGUAUUGACCCUCUAGCAUUGACAUGGAAGUCAGAUACUGUUUGUGAAACAGGUCUUGAAAUUGUGGAAAUUGGUGCAAUUAGUCCUGUCAAAGAAUCAAUAGACACUGACAGAAGCUUUUGCUCCUCACCUGAAGGCAGGGAAAUUGUGGCCAAAUCAUCAAUGGGUGGUUUUAAUCAGGACAAGUUGAAUACAUUGAGUGACAAUAAACGUGCGGAAGUACCUGGACUCUAUCAUGAAAGUCAUGAUAGUAACUUAUCAAAAAUUUCGAAGGUGGUGAGUAGUGAAGAAAUUGCUGAUAGAGAAAGCAUGUCAGAAGGCAGUGCUGAUGGUGCUUGUGAUAUUGAUGAUGUUGCUAGUGAGAUUGAUAAUUAUGUGGACGCUCUUGCUAAUAUGGAGUCUGAAUUUGAGACAGAUUCUGAUUGUAAGAAAAAUCCACACUAUUUGAAUGUGGAACCCGUUAUGGAAGAUUCUGAUGGAAGCGAAAAACGGCGGGAGCUCCGUUGUGUAUCCUUGGAUUCACAAUCAAUUGGAAACUCCAUCACAUCUGAAGAUGGCGAUCGUUUAUCCAAGGACAGGGAAAGUUCAUGCUCAAAUAGUGUGAACACUUUGAUGGAGACUACAACUGAUCUUGAUGUAGCAGUUGCUACUAUCCAAGCUUCUAACUCGGAUUCUGACAAUAUGUUAUUUGACCAUCAUUCCACAUACGAGGAGAUUCUCAGAAAAGAAAGAGAAAUGCAUGCAGCAGCCAGUAUUGCUCAUGCCGCAGUUGAUGACAUAUUGAAGAGUGAGGAGGAGUCUGGUGAAGCUUUGAAUACUUCUUCUCUUGCUGAUUCUAAUAAGAAGAUUCUUCCUGUAGAUGUGAAAGCUAAUUUAGUAGAUGAUCCCUUGCCAUGCCCAGAAUCAGAAGUCUCUGCAAAUCUUGAUGUUGAUUUGGGAGAAAUGGAUCAAGGACGUACAAAUCAAAUUGAUAUCUUGCAUUCCCAUAGAACAUUUUCUGACACUUCUGAGGAUAGUGGGCAUUUUGUCAGUGUGGAACCUUCAGUUCAUGAUAAGGAUGGUCCGCAUUGUAGUGUACAUUGUGAGGCAUCAGGGGGUUUGUUAAAUAACUCGGAUGGCUUGGUACAUUUGCCUGAAACAGACUCCCAUGAUGCGGCUGGUUCAUUGGUCGAAGGACACGAUAUGGAUUUCGGAGCAGCAGAAUUAAAUGCUUGUUCAGACAUUGGAUCAUCUGGUAAACACUCUCCUGUUUCCGUUCCUAUGUAUCAAGAAAAAACUAAGUCCAUCAUUAUGGCCCAUGAAGAAGAUUGUACUCCAUCAACUGGAAAAAACUCAAAAGAUUUAUGCUCUGCCACAGAUUCUACUGCGAGUUUUGGUUUUCACGAGCUGCUCCCUGGAACAAAGAAUUCCGGCCAUGCAUCUCUUGGUUCUUCUGCGGAAAAUCUUCCAUGUUCCUGGGAAGAUACUAGUAUGGAAGAUGAUAUUGCUGUGAGUAAAGAAAUAGUAUCUUUUGCUCUGCAUGGUUGCCGAGCUGAAAACUUGCCUGGCAUGUCCAAUCAGCUACACACUAGCGCACGAGAAUUUCCACCUGGUGAGAUUACUGAGGCAGCUAAACUCGCUAAUUGUGGCUCUUUUGAAGCUGAUGCAGCUGUUGUGUCUUCCAGGGAUGACUCAAAUAGUGAGAUUUCUUGGUCCGCUGAUAAUAUCUUGCAGGACUCUUUCAAGGUGGGAAAGCCAUCCCCUGUUCUAGAUCCUCUGGAAAAGCAAUGCGAAUGGCUGAAAAUGCCCUUAGAGGCAACUGAUAGUACUCUACUGGAGCUUUGCCCAGAUGAAGCUUGUGAGGUAUAUUCUGGUAAUGAUACUGGAUACUCUAUUUCUGUUGAUGGGAAUCCAGAUAAAUCACAAGCCUUUGAGUCAGAUACUGUUGUGGAUGAUCGUGAAUCUCAAGCAGCAAUUAUUCUUGGUGAAGCCAACGUUGAUCAUGCUCCCGUUGAUCCGCAUGGUGACAAGGACAAGAUCUUUUCUCCUGAUGCAUCCCCCCUUAACAUACCCUGUGAACAUAAUGAUUCUAAUGUAGUGGCAUCUGAGGAUGAGUCACAUUCCAAUCGUCAUGUGGGGAAGGUGGAUCAUAUAGAAACUGUUGCUGAUGGUUCCGAACAAGUUGAUGUCGUGGAUGAUUAUCAUCAAAAUGGGUCGACUUUGUCACUACUUCCUGAGAAGCUCCAUGAGCCCCCUCUUUUAGUCACCAAGCAAUUUCAUCAAAAUGAUGAGGUAGAGCAAAGAAGGCAAAUUGAUCCUGUUCAAGAUGCUUCUGUAACUUCCAAUGCCAACAUGUGCAACAUAUCUUCUGCUGAUUCUCCCACCUUACAUGAUGGUUCACUGCCUGAAGAUGUCAAGAGUAGUGAGAACUCAGCUGCAGAAGCGAAGGACCUGGAUUCACUUGGCCAUGCUCUCUUUGAACCCCAAUAUGUUGAGAGAGAAUCAAGCAUAGCUGUUCCUGGUUUACAUGAUGACCAACCUACACUAUCAAAAAUUUCACCGCAAUCAGCUGAGUAUAUGCUGGACACCUCCAAUGUAUUGGUGCAUGGCAAUAAUGGCAUGCUAAGUAGUGGUGACCAAGCCUCACAGUUGGAGAACUCUGGUCAGCCCCCUCGAAUCAACCUAGAGCCACCAUCUCUGCCUCCUUUGCCUCCUAUGCAAUGGAGACUGGGCAAGUUCCAAAAUUCUGCUGCUGCUCCAGCGGGGAGGCCAGUGGUGCAACAUACACGUGUUCCAGUCCAAGUUCAACCAAUGGGUCUGCCAACUAUGCACCAUUCCCUUGCUCCAGUACAACCAAUACCCCUACCAGCAGUGCACCACACAAUAGCUUCUUUCCAACCAGUGACCCUCGCAGCAGGGAAUAAUACACUUACUUCAAUCCCACCGACAAUCCUGCCUUUGGCUCCACCAGCAGUGCAUUAUGCGUUUUCUCCUCUUCAGUCAUUGGUCCUACCAACUAGCAAUUACAGAACUGAAAUCAAUUCCCGGUCUCUCACAAAUGAGGGACAUCUGGGGUAUUCAGAUGGUUAUGUGGCACAGCAAGGAGUCUUUGCCCUGCCAAUGCCUGUUGGAGUUUCUGAAGGUUUAUUCCAGAUUAACACUAGUGCAGUUGGAAGACAAGACAAUAUACCAUCCACAGUCCCUUCUGUAUCCACAAAUCUGGAUGCUUAUGUAACACAGCAAGGAAUAUAUACACCGUCAAAUCCAUUUAUGGUUUCUGAAGAUUCUGCCCACGCUAAAACAGGUGAAGUUGGAAGACAAGACCAUGUACCUAUUACGGUCUCUUCUGCCUCAACGUCAUUGAAUGGCACUCAGAUUUCUGAAGAUUCCCGUCAGCCUAAUGUGGAUCCCCCUGAAUCCGGAUCAUUAAUUGGCCACUUUUCUGAAAAUUCAUCUACACUAGAAACAAAAGUGGAUACUGAAACUUCUAUUCAAAAUGAGCUGGUUGGACACAGUCCACAAGUGUCGGAGGAAGUAGCAAAUUCUUACUCUCAGCCCCUUGUGGAUCAAGCACCCCCAGGUUUGGUGGCUCCUGAGGCGGGAAGAACAUGGUCGAGUGAAUAUGAUGAGAUUCCAUCUUAUGCUGAUGGCAAUAUUAAUGGAACUCUCCAGAAGAAGCUUCCAAGACCUAGAAAUCCUCUCAUUGUUGAGGUUGUUUCCAUUGACAAAAGCAAGUUGAGAAAGGUUGAGAGGACAAAGCCACCAUUGGAAUCAAAACCCGAAGAAGGAGAGUCUAUUCUGGAGCAAAUGCAGUUGAGAAAAGUGGAGAGGGUCAAGCCACCAGUGGAGUCAAAAGAGGAAGGAGGAGAAUAUUUGGAACAGUUGCAACUGAGAAAGGUGGGAGAAAGGGUAAAACCUCCAGUUGACACAAAAGCUGAAGAGGAAUUUUUACCAGAACAGUUGCAGUUAAGAAAAGUUGGAGACAGGGUUAAAUCACCAGUUGAUCCAAAAUCUGAAGAGAGAGAAUUUCUAUUGGAACAGUUGCAGCUAAGAAAGGUAGGGGUAAAGUCUCAACAAGAGGUUGAGCCUAAAGUUGAAGAAAUUAAUUCACCAAUGGCGCAGUUGAGGAAGGUCCGGGAAAGGGUUAGAGAAGAGCUUGAACUGAAAACUGAAGAAACAGAAUCCCCACGAAUGUUGCUAAGGAAGGUAACUGAAAGGUCACACCCUCCGGCUGAACCAAAAGCAGAAGAGAGAGACUCAUUAUUUGAACAAAUAAGAAAUAAGUCGUUCAAUUUGAAACCAGCAGUUGCAGCUAGACCCAAUAUUCAAGGUCCAAGAACAAAUUUGAAGGUUGCUGCCAUUCUGGAAAAAGCAAGCACUAUUCGUCAGGCAAUGGCUGGAAGUGAUGAAGACGGUGAUGAAGAUAGUUGGAGUGAUAGUUGAUACAACCACAUCCCACUUACCAUUGUCAAUAUGCUAGAUGAGACUGUAUCAACCUUUAGUACGAAGUACAUAGAUUCAAGGGUGGUUGUAGUUCGUCCCUUACCCUACAUAGAUAUAUGUAUAGUGAUUUUUUCUUUUGUUUUCCCCUCCCAUCUUAUAGAUACAUUAUCAUAUACAUACACGAGCAGCCUGGGGUUCUGCGUGCAAGCGCAUCUCCAGCCUGCCUUGCUGCACCAUUCAAUGUUCAUAUUAAUUUGUAUCAAUGUUUCAAAUUUUGGCAAUAGGAGUCUGCAAUCAGAUUGAUGUAUAUUAACGUUGAUUUUUGUCCAAUCAUUUUGGGUUCGUGUAUCAACUAUGAAGUAUUGAACACUGCAUAAUCCCCCACCCCCAUCA